CUUGAAGAAACCAGGACAAAUACAGCAGAACAUUUUAUUGCUCAGACCGUAUAAAACAAAUACAGUAGUUGGCUUUAUAAAAUAUUAUAAAAUAAUCAUGAAUUGCAGCCUCAUUACAGCCAUUAUCUCCACUGCUUAAAAUUCUAAUUUUGAUUUGAAAAAGAUGAAUUAUUCGUCCUUUUAGCUGUAACAUGUUGCGUAAAAGGCGCAGAUGAGUCCGUACACGCACUCUGUUUGUCGCUCUCUCUCCAGUCCUAAUUGGUUUAAGCACGAGUGCUGCCGUUUAAUGGGGCGAACACGCGCCCGCUAAAGCCUAAUGGACAGCAAACACGGUGAGAGUGCAUGCAGCUCAAGGACCCGUCGUGUUGGGGACACGCGCUAAAUGGUGUUAAAUGACGCAUUUGCACAAGUGCAAUGUAAUGGGAACAUGUUAAAGGUGGAGACCAGACAUGGAAAUGGCGCAGGGAGGUUUUAAGAGGGUCGUAAGGUUGUGGAAAUUGUCUGUGAUGUUUGAACUUUUCUCCCACGUGAGUUUCCAAGACAACUGUCUCUUAAUCCAGGUCUCUUAUCUGGCAGCAGGUCAACCGGUGUUUGCGCCCCAUCCGUAUCGAUCUAUCAACAACAGCGCACUAUAUGCAAGACACGAGACACGUCCAUACAAAGUAUCGAUGGCUACAUGAGGAUAAUCCACCACCUAUACGUGGCAAACGUGCGAUUUUAGACUAAAAAGGGGCCAUUUUUGACCCAUUUCUCAUGUGUGAACGAAGGAUCCCACAGAUUGUGGGUGACAGGUAAACGUUGUGGUAUUUACAGAGGGACAUUGAUUUACGCGCUGAUGGCGUUCAGUUUACUGAAAACACACACGCACACAGGUGAGCUGCAGAAUAUCCUGGAAACUGAGGCUCCACGGUGUCUUUUUGAGCAAACAGUGAGACCAAUGGCGUGUGCGCUGCAGAGUCACGUGGUGAUAGAGUGACACACCUGUGUACAGCAGUGCAGGCCCUCACAGUUGCGCCAGAGGCAGGUAAGAGAGGAGUAGGUCCGCACCCCCAAGGCAGGGCGCAGCGACGGUGCAUGUGCGCGCAAACGGCCCCACAGCCCCCCGGGUCUUUGGCAGCCAUGAAUCGGGAAGAUCAUUACUACCCCACGCAGCUUUUUAAAGAGUCGUGUGCCUACCAGAGACCACAGGGUGAGGACUACAGCCACAGCCCGCCGCCCUGUCUCUACAUGAGCAGGCAGGUGCAAUCCGUCUACACACCGCCGGCCAUGGGAGUCCUAGAGCACGCCGGGCUUCCUGACAUCGCACCCUCCUACAGUCUGGCCAGUCUGCGGGAUGAUCCUGCAGGUGUGCCGCAGCUCCACCACCCACAGGCACUCCAGCAACACGCUGUCCAACCCGCCGCAGGUUAUGGAGACGCGGGGGAGCAAAGCAGAUAUCACCUGCCGUUUCCGUGGAUGAAGAGCACAAAAUCCCACUCGCACACCUGGAGGGGACAGUGGGCAGGGCCAUACGUGAUGGCAGAGACUGAGGAAAACAAGCGCACGAGGACUGCAUACACGCGCGCGCAGCUGCUGGAGCUCGAGAAGGAGUUCCUGUUCAACCGCUACAUCUCGAGGCCUCGCCGCGUGGAGCUGGCGCUGACCCUCAGCCUCACCGAGCGCCACAUCAAGAUCUGGUUCCAGAACCGGCGCAUGAAGUGGAAAAAGGAGGAGGACCGGAGAAAGGCGCGCGGGUCCGACCCGGAUCAGGACUCCUCGAUCACCUCUGGAGACCAGGGGGAAGCGGCGGCGGGAGGGGUCUCCUCCACGAACGGACCUCACGCUGCUUCGCCGCCCGUUUCCCCGCUGCACGCUCACUCUCUGUCCGCCCCCGGAUCUCGAGAGACCGCGUAAUUAGACCAGCAGCAGGCGCCUCUCCUCCACCAAGAUGGACACCCGCAAUCACAGUGAGAGAGGAAUAAAAGCCUGUAAACUCGGUGAGCACAUUUGUGAAAGAAACUAUUAUAUUUUUCCUACUUAACUCUACAACAAGAAAAGCACAAGACUUGUCUUGUGGAUGGCAAUGUGCUUCGUGCGUGGACUAAGGAGACUUAAACUUCAUGAUUGAGUCUUGUUUCUGAGAAAGCGUCUGUCUGAUUCACCACCAGACUCAUGAGUGUAAAUACGCAUCAUAUGACUGGAGGACUAAUGUGUGGUCACAUGUGUACAUAUAACGACAACGUGAAAAUUGUAAAAAAGUUUUAAUGAAUAAUGCACAUAUAUUAUUGUUUAUAACUUUAUCAAAUGGAAGGAAGAAUAGCUCACAUAUUUGAAAUAAAAACACGUAUCACAGCCUGCACAGGUGUGAGAGCAGUGACCAUUUCUAACCACCGGGAAACAAGCGU